CUUCCGCUCGCUCCGCCCGACUUGGGAUGUUGCCCUGCGCAGUGUCUAACCUCCAUCACCUACAGCCGAAACAUGCGCCAUAUCUGCACUACUGGAGCGGGGAAGACACACACAAGAUGGCUGCCCUGCUCAACUCUUAGUUCCGGCGUGAAACGUCACUUCCCCUCCAGGAGGGAGCUAAACUUGAGAGGGCUCGCGUGUGACGUCAUCAGAGAGCGCCAGAGUGAGUCACGUGCGCGCUCCAUACCAGGCGGACGGCUGGAGUCCGGGGCUUAGCGAACAGUUGUGGAGGCACCAUGGGAACCAGCGUGGAGGUGCCGCACUCGGCGGCCCGGCCGCUGCCCUGCCCGGAGAUCCCCGCCUUCGCGGCCGUCUGCCGCCUAGUGCGGAGCCGCUACUCGUGCCUGGUGGCGGCGCCGCAUCGGAGGCACAUCGCGCUGGCGCCGCGCUACCUGAACCGGAAGCGCACCGGGAUCCGCGAGCAGCUCGACAGCGAGCUGCUGAGAUACUCGGAGAGCCUCAGCGGUGUGCCAGUGGCUUAUGAUAACAUCAGAGUAGUGGGUGAAUUAGGUGAUAUUUAUGAUGACCAAGGAUUCAUCCAUUUUAACAUUGAAGCAGAUUUUGUCAUUUUCACUCCCAAGAAAGGAAAAAAGCUUGUGGGUGUGAUCAAUAAAGUGGCCCCAAGUCAUAUUGGCUGUCUGAUACAUGGGUGUUUCAAUGCUUCCAUUCCUAAACCUGAUCGAAUGUCAGCUAUAGAGUGGCAAGACCUUGGCUUAAAAAUAGGAGAUAAACUGGAAUUUGAAGUGGUGCAUUUAGAUUCCGAUGCUGCUGGAGUAUUCUUCAUUCGGGGGAAACUAAAUAAAGACAGUAUGCAAUCCAAAUAUCCUGAAUCAGUAACUGAAGAUACAAACAGUAUAGAUGAAAUACCAAAGAAGAAACACAAGAAAAAAGACAGAAGGAAUUGUGAGUUAGAAAAUGACACAGAGGUUACAGACAAUGCAGAUACUACUGUGGUGGAAGAUGAAGAAAAGCAGAAUGCUGAUACAGUAAAUGGAUUUUAUGAUAAAAAACCGAAGAAGAAGAAAAAACAUAAGCAAGAAAAGCAGAAACCUGUAUUUUAUGGAAGUGACUGUAGUGGUUACCCGAGUGACCAUAAAAAGGUUAAGAGAAAGAAAAGAGAACAUCGUGAUGUAGAUGAAGAAAGUGAAUUAUCUCAAUUGUCACAAGAACCUAAAGCCAAAAAGAGAAAGGAAUGACAAAUGGACUGAAGAGUCCAAAAAUCCCUUGCUUGAAUGUAAGAUUGUCAUCUUCCAGUAAAAUCAUAUUUUCAAUUUGUGUAUUUCAGCUUUCAUUUAUAUUACAGUAGCACUUAGAAGUCCCAACCAAGAUCAAGGCCCCCUUAUGCGAGACAAUGUAUAUAUACUCAUAUAUAUUCUUAAGAGCGGGUUAGACAAACACCUGUCGGGGAUGGUCUAGAAGAUAAUACUUAGUCCUGCCAUGAGUGCAGGGAACUGGACUAGAUAGAUGAUCUCUUGAGGUCCCUUCCUCUGAUUCUAUACAUCUUUCAGGAUAGGAGAUGCCUCUUACUCUCCAGAGAUAAAACAAAGGAUGGGAAAGAGGCAGUACAUAUUCCUGUUUUACAGAUGAGGAAAUGAGGUACAGAGAUUAAGUGGCCUGCCCAAAGCAAUACAAGAAGUGUUUGGCAGAGCUGGGAGGUGAACCAGAUGUCUUGAGUGGUAGUCAGCGCCUUAACUACAAGAACAUGUUUCUUUUGUUAGUGAAAUUAAACGAGGUACUCAAAUGCAGGCUUUAAAUCCUUAAAUUUAGUAUUUUUAAUACCUCCAAGCAAACUUUUUAUUUAAAAAGGAGGUUUAAGGUCUAGAUUCUAAUGAAUAUAGUGAACAUAGUGCUUAAGAUGACUUCUUACAUUUCAGAGUGUACAAACAUGCCAGGGAGUACUUGAAACGUUUGCAACAAAAUGUAUGGUGUGCUACUCUAAAUGGAAAAACAUCUAUUUGGAGAACUGGUCAUGUUGUAUUCGAGGUCUGUUGGGGGUGUAGGGAAGAUUAGGUUGUUAGUUUCACAAUAGUGCAGUUCACUCCAUUUUCUUACUCUAUGGCUCCAUUUCCUUGUUAAUUAGAUCUCACUGGACUUCCAUUGAGAGACUAACAGUUUUAUCAGAUUGUAACUCAUCACCAGGAUUCUUAGUUUUCCAUGAUUAAUGAACAAAAAUUCUCUGAUAAA